AUGAUGGCUGCGCCCAUGCGAAAGCAUGUUUUUGCAAAUUUCCUUAAAAAUAUUUCAAAUUAUUGCCCCCAGACUCAUAUAACCCAUUCACCGUUCAGGUAUUUGAGAGGAGGAAGAGCAAUAAGAGUACAGCCUGCAAAUGAAGAAAAAGAUUCUAAAAGAAAAGCAUCCAGGAAGUUAAAAUUUCCUGUUGGUGUAAACCCCAGUGAAAAAAUGCCCAAGUUGAUUCGACCCAUUCCCGAGGCGGGUGUUGCAAAAACUGUUGAAUUUAAAGGGCGAGAAGCCAAGCAGUAUCACAAUGUUCCUUAUAUAGAAUUGGAGGAAUCCGACAAGCGAUUUGGGCCAGUCUUGAUGCUGACCAAAUCAAGGAAAUACAGACAAAAAGAGGGUAAAAUACUCCUUGAGGGAAAGCGGCUGAUUUCGGAUGCUAUUUCAGCUGGAGCAGAAAUGGAAGCACUUUACUUCAGCAGGCUCACAUCCUUGGAUGAUAUACCCGUGACUUCUAGUGAUGCCAAGGUUUAUAAGUUGAAGUACACCAGCUUGAAGAACUGGUCGGAUACUAAGUCACCAGCUGGUCUCAUGGGGAUCUUCCGAAUGCCCAAGCAAGGAGAGAUGAACUACACAAGAUCUGCUGUGGUUCCCAUCACAUUGAUUUGUGAUAAUAUCCGUGAGCCUGGCAAUAUGGGAACGUUGCUAAGGUCAGCUGCUUGUGCGGGGUGUAAGCGGGUCCUUGUCAGUAAGGGUUGCGUUGAUGUUUGGGAGCCAAAAGUUUUACGAUCCGGCGCUGGUGCUCACUUCAGGAUACCUAUCAUAACAAACGUGGAUUGGGGAAUGAUGCCAAACUACCUCAAUGAUGACUCUGCAGUGUAUCUGGCUGAUACUGCUCAAGAAGCUGAUGAAAGUGACCAAGGGAAAGUAUCUGCGGCAUUGAAGAUGAUAUCAGAGUUGGAGAAAGAGCAAGAGGAGUCUCUGUUGGAAGCAGAAGCAGAGGACAAUGAUGAAAAUACUGAUAAUGAUAGUGAUAAUGAUGAUAGUGACGAUGACAAGAAACAAAAGGCAGUAUAUGAUGUGAGACUGGAAGCAUACAAACAUGUCCCAAUGAAUAGUAAGCCUUAUUCUGAUUUGAAUGUGUCGAAACAGGAGGUGGUCUUGGUCAUUGGAGGAGAGACUGAAGGUCUAAGUGCUGGUGCUUACGAACUUGCCUACAAAAAAUUUGGACAUAAACUUCAUGUUCCUAUGUGUAAUGGGACAGAUAGUUUGAAUAGCGCAGUUGCAUCUAGCAUCAUCUUGUUUGAAAUGCAGAGACAGUAUCUUUCAUCAGGCAGGAAAGAAACAUUACAUGUGGAUAGCUCUCAGAAUUGACCCUGUUAUUGACUUACUUCUACAAGGCCUAAUGCAUUUUCCAUAAAGUAAUAUCUGAAAUCAAUUCAGAUCAAAUGGUGAAAGAGAAAAUAA